AUGGAUGAGCAGGUAAACGAAUGCUCAUUACGAAGUCAUGAAAUUGGUCGGCUUCCGUGUUGUGGAGAACUUCUGUAUCUGCACAUCAGAUCGAUCGCCCCUUUACAACCUACGCCGUGUACGAAUCACCUUACCAAUAUGAUGGUGCACACAUUCGUCACCACACUAUCG